GAAUGGCUAGUAGCUUGGCAGAGAAACUCCAGGUGUUGGAAACGCGACUAAAAGCCACCAGAGAGGGUCUGGAGACAGGAUAUGGCAGAUCCCUACGAGAAGCUAUCGCCGAGAAGGAUUCCUACAUAGAGGUGGAGGCUCUGAAGUGUCUUGGAGACCACCAUCUGGAAAAAGGACGACUAGGUAAAGACUUGAAGGAAUUUAAGACUUCUAGUGCCUUCUACACAGCGGCUCUACUCAAAUGCACAGACCCGGAUCUUGAGCAAGCCAUACUAGAUCGUGCUGGAUUUAUGGAGAAACUCGCCGGAAAACUACAACGUACAGACAGUCGGAAUCAGAGGCAAACUACCCUAAGUACAGAUGCAUCUACCAACCAUGUCUUUCGGACAGCCGAGGUUUGCCUCACCUUAAGUAAGGCUCGUUUUGACGGUCUGAGUGGAUUGUACGUAUUAGAAGAGAGCUAUACAAAAGCGUUGGUACAAGCUAUCGCCACAGGAGACAUCUUACUGGAAGUAGAGGUGCUGAAGAGUCUGGGAGAUUUGUACCUAGAGACAGGAAAGACCUACACGGAUGUGUCCUUGCUGUCCAAAGCGAUAGCGAUGUACAACAAUGCCGGGGCAAGGUGUGGCGAUACAAGCGACGGGAGAGAGGUUUUAAUUCACCGUGUCAAGUAUGCAGAAAAGGUCAAGAACACAGCCAUAAGGAUGCGAAGAGGCAGCUGCAUCCAUGACUAUGUAAACACGGAGGAAGACCCUGAUGGUACUUACAUGCUGAGCACAUACGAAGAACAUCAUCGACUUGGAGACAGGGCAUUACGGAAAGGAGAUGUCGACUUAGCAGAGCAGCAGUUUUCCUCCGCGCUGAAGCUUGUCCACGGGUCAGGUCCUGUGCACUUACAUAAGGAAGCCGAGAGUCUGCACAAAUUAGGGGAUGUCUACCUGGAGCGAGGAAAGGUGACCAAGGACGGGGAGGACUUCACCAAAGCCGCUGCGCUCUACAACGCAUCCAUGGCAAGAACAGCAGACAGCAAGCUCAAGAAAGCUCUAAUCCUCGCUAUAAAACGUGCAGAGGAAUCGUUCUUACAACAUGCAGUAGGCGUGACCUGUGUGGCCUGUGUGUAUAAAUCAGCUCACUUGAGGCACAAGAAAGAGCUAACAGAAAUGCGGGAUAAAGUAAAACAACAUCUUGACUUCAUCGAUCGGCAGCACGAUCCUUAUAGGUACAACGAGGAAGAUCCAGAAGCCAGGAAAGUUGAAUGUGCCAGAGCUGCAGCCAUUAAAGACCUCUUCCAGAAGACAGCGAAGGAGAGAAUCGACUUUCUCGAAAAACUCGUUUCUGAGUGCAUUUCUGUGAUGGGCGAACCGCCAUGCAAAUAUGCCUUCAUAGGUUUGGGUUCACAAGCCACAGAGCUAGUCACUCUGUACUCAGACCUGGAGUUUGCGAUUCUGCUUGAAGAAGGACGCGACUUUGAAGAAAACAAGGCGUACUUCCGCAAUCUCACUCACUACUUGCACAUAAAAGUCAUCAACCUUGGCGAGACGAUCCUUCCGGCUGUGGGGAUCAAGUCACUCAACGACUUUUACUCAAACGAUCCGGAAGCCAGUUGGUUCUACGACUCUGUAACCACACGCGGAAUGGCAUUCGACGGAGCGAUGCCGUGGGCAAGCCAUACUCCUCUCGGCAGAAAGCAGACAAAAGACAAACCAGCGCUGGAACUGAUUCAAACUCCCAGCCAGCUGGCGAAGUUUCAGGACGCUGAAGUAGCCAUGUCUGAAGAAGACCACUUGUCCGACGUCCUGCGAAGCGCCUGUUACCUCACAGGAGACAGAAGUCUUGUUCAACUGUACCAUCUCAAAGUGAUGUCAACGCUCAGAGGCAACACCGUGCGCUCCAACAUUGAACUGGCAAAUAGAGAAGAGUUCAGGACCCCGGAGUUGUUGUCCACGCUACUCAACGUGAAGAAGGAGAUCUAUCGCUUCCCUACCAUUGCUGUGCAAAACAUGGCCUUGCGCUGUGGGGUUGGAACGUCCAGCGUGUGGGAGACCAUUGAAGAGCUGGAAUCCGGUCGGCAUGUCAGCCACGAAAACGCGCACCAUCUUACAGUGCUCUUAGCCAUCUCAGCUGAACUUAGACUGCGAACAUACAUAGCGAACGGAGGCCAGAAGGAAAACAUGUCUGCCUUGUUGCGUUUGGGCGACGAAAGAGGCCACAAUGAUAUAACUGUUCCUGAUCUAGAGAAGGUGUUUUAUCUUCCAAAUCAAAAGAUGCUGUACAGGUACUACUUCUCCGCUGUUCCUCUGCGUAGAGCUUUGUCAGAGGCGCAAAAGGAAAACACGUCGUUUUCUUUAGCAUUCACUUUGUACGAAACGUCGGCGGAAACAAAGGGGGAGAUGAACAUGAAGCUCUGCGAUUUCACAUCCGCAAAGACGCAGUUCCAACUCGCACUAGAGAAGAACAAGACAAUGUAUGGCAAUGACACAGACCACCCAAAUAUCGCAUCGUGCUUUCGGAACCUUGGCUGGGUCUGUUACAGCAUCGGUGAGUACGUUGUUGCAAGGGGCUUCUUGCAAAAGGCACUGGACAUGAAUCACCGAAUACACGGGGAUGCAUCGACCCAUCCUUCUAUUGCCGCCUCGUUCAGGAGUCUAGGUACUGUAGCUAGCUGUCUGGGAGAUUACAAACAUGCGGAAACGUUUUUCGAACAGGCGCUGGAGAGACUGAAGCUCACACAUGGCGACACUGCGGACCACGCGGACAUUUCUUCAGUUCUUCACAACAUGGGAUCAACGUGGGCUGACAUGGGCAACAACAGAAAGGCCGUCGGUUUGUACGAAAAGUGUCUGGCUAUGAGAAGACGUCUUCACGGGUCGAAAACAGCGCCCCCAGACGUAGCGUCUGCCCUUAACAGCCUCGGCGCUGCUUGGAAUAACCUCGGCGACUACAGAAAGGCGACUGACUUCUACAGACAAGCUCUUAUCAUAAGGAAGCGUACAUACGGAGGGGAGACGGUACAUCCCGAAAUUGUAUCAUCGCUAGACAACCUGGGUACAGCUUACCUUAACCUAAAGGACCACGCUAAGGCGAUCGACAUGUUUGAGCAAUCGUUACAAAUGAACAGUCUCUUAUACGGACACGACCACGCGCACCCAGAUACUGCGUCGUUGAUUGAUCAUCUCGGCUCAGCAUGGAGUAGUAUUGGUGCACACAGGAAAGCCCUUAACAUCUUCGAAAAGGCUCUAAAUAUGAAGCGACGAGUGUACGGAGAGAGCAACCUACAUCCAGAUAUCGCGGCGUCACUCACAAACCUUGGUGAGGUCUUGAGCGAUCUGGAAGACCACGGGAAGGCAAUGAAACUGUAUUCGCAAGCAUUAGACAUGUAUAAAGUCAUAUACGGACAGGACACCGCACACCCCAGUGUUGCGAUCACGCUCAACGGUUUUGGAGCCGCCUGGAGGUGUCUUGGCUUUCCCGGCAAAGCGAUUGAGUAUUACGAACAGGCUCUGCGGAUGAGGGAGCGGACCUAUGGGCAAAACGCAGCGCACCCAGACAUUGCCUGCUCGCUCAACAAUCUUGGGGAGGCAUGGUGUCAGCUAGGCCAUCGCGCAAAAGCGGUCGCCUACAUUGAACAGGCUUUAGAGACAAGGAAACGUGUAUAUGGACACGAUGCAGACCACCCUGACAUUGCCUCGUCAUUCAACGACCUGGGCACCGCUUGGAGCCUCUUUGGUGAUCCAUUGAAAGUCAUCGUUUUCCAUGCACAAGCUCUGAAUAUGCGGAAACGUCUAUAUGGACACGAUAGGGACCACACAGACAUUGCCAAGUCGCUCAAUAACUUAGGCACCGCAUGGAGCAUCCUAGGCCAUGUUAGGAAAGCUCUUCCCUUCUACAAGGAUGCUCUUGACAUGCGGAUACGUAUAUACGGAAAUACGGCCCAUCCAGAUAUUGCAGGAUCGCUGAAUAAUAUAGGUAUAGCUUGGGUUAACCUCGGUGAUUACAGGAAAGCAAUCGGCUUCUUUGAGAGGGCGAUAGCUAUGAAGAAGCGGCUCUACAAAGACGGUAACGCUUACCCAGAAAUUGCAGCAUCACUGAAUAACCUGGGUGAAGCUUGGGGCGAGUUGGGUCAUCACGGAAGAGCUAUCCUGAUUCACGAGCAUGCCUUACACAUGAGACUGUGUACCUAUGGAUAUAACACCGCCCAUCCAGAUACGGCUAAGUCACUGUACAACUUGGGUAAAGCAUGGAGUAAGGUGGGUGAUCACAGAAAAGCCAUGAAGUUCCACGAGCAUGCCCUGGACAUGAGAGUACGUGUACAUGGAAAUGGUGAGGGCACUUCGCAUCCAGACAUUGCCUCGUCGCUUCAAUGUAUGGGCGUUGUGUUGAGUGACGUAGGUGACUACAGGAAGGCAAUAACCUUCUACGAAAGGGCUUUGGAGAUGAGGAAAGAUGUGUACGGCCACGAUGCGAAGCAUCCCGAAAUUGCGGCGUUGUACAACAACCUAGGAACAGCAUGGAGUAGGUUGGGACAUCAGGGAAAAGCAGUCGGUUUCCAUGAGCUGGCGUUAGAAAUCAGAAGACAAGCGUACGGACAAGAGGCAGCGCAUCCAGACAUCGCUUCGUCACUCAACAACCUCGGUGCUGCUUGGUGCAAUCUUGGUGACUUCAGGAAGGGAUUGGAGCUGUAUGAACAGGCACUGGAGAUCAAAAGACGGGUGUACGGACCCAAGACGGCGCACCAAGACAUUCUUCGGUCACUCUGCAACUUGGGAGCGACGUGGAACCACUUAGGCCAUCCUGCGAAGGCGAUCCUCUGCUACGAAGAGGCGUUGGACAUGAGCAGAGCUAUUUUCGGCGGCGGUUCGGCGCACCACCAGACGGCUUCGCUACUGCAGAAGCUCGGCACAUCGUGGGGACUUGUUGGCGAUCACAGGAAGGCGAUCAGGUUUUUCGAAGAAUCCUUACAGAUGGAAAAACGCCUGAGAGGAAACUGUGGAGAACACCCGGCCAUCUGCUUCCUUCUGUCCAACCUGGGUGCUUCUUUGGCUUCCCUGGGUGACUGCAGGAGAGCAGUAGAGGUUCUGCAAGAGGCAUUGGUGAUGAUGAACAAAGUCUAUGGACACACCGCGGCCCAUCCAGACAAACUAAGGACUCUGAAGAACCUGAGUAUAAUCUGGACGGACCUGGGUGAUCACGACAAGGCAGCUGCGUUGUCGCUGCAGGCGGAGGAGAUGCAAAGUCGACUGAGAUAAGAGACAAAAAGGAUGGACUCUGAAACUGUUUGUACGAUAUCCACGGUAGCUUUUAAAACAUGUGACUGUGUAUGUAAUGAUCUU